CUACGUUUCUCUCAACCCCAAUGCCCGAACUCGCUUUUGUUUCCGAUGCCCUGCAGUACAGGCCAGUCCAAUGUCCUGGACGAACUCCCUUGGUAUCGCUGGUGGGUGGUUCAGCAGCUUCGCAAUCAACCACAACGGCUGCUGUUGAGUCUACCGGACUUCGACUCGGAUAAGGAUCCCGAUUUUGGCCCCUUUUUCACCGUCUGGAAUCGGGUUCAAGCACUCAUUGUGGUUUCGGGCUUCAAAAGCAUCAGGAGCGUCACACGUGCUCUUGUCGACCAUGGCCUUCUUUCCACGAAGAACAAUUACGAAGCUGCUCAGUCAGCGGAGGAGCUUGUAUUUUCCAUCCUAGGCUGGCAGACGAUGCUGUACAUGCCCGAUUUCACCUCGUGCACUAAUGGAGAGUUUCGCAUUCUCAACGAGAUGGGCGGGUAUCGUGGCGAGACGCGAGUAAGCCUUUGUCAGCUUGCUUCUUCAAGCGAUCAGAAUUUGCCCACCUUUCUCCUUGGGUUUGGGGUGAUGCUUCCUCCGAGAAACUACUUCGCCCUGGAUGAGGCCGAUGAUCGCGCUCUCGUCAACAAGACCAAGUCCAUCAGCCGCAAGGAUCUCCACGCGCACCUGUUAACCAACGUGUGCAACGUGACGAUCGAGUGGGUCGACUCCCUCGCCUGCCAUCUUGAGCUGGAUCGACAUUCCGGGAAACUGUUCCUCUUUCGAUAUCCUUCGUUCUGCGUCUCGAAUCUCCAACAAACACAUAAACCGCACAAGGGGCAGGAUGGCUGGGGGAGCGUAUUGCAUCACUGUGCUAAUGAGAGGGCCAACCCGAUGCCGUGGGGAAACAAGGAGGACGUGACCGGCCUUCUCUGGGAAAUCUUGCUCUCCUACCGUCUGAUCUUUGGUCAGGAAAGGAGAUCACGGGCCGUCUUUCGAAAGAUACAGCCGUUCGCAGGCAUACCACCACAGGGCCGGGAUCCUCUGCUUGCUCAUCUGUGCGGUAGAAAGCGGUUCGAGUGUCCCGUGGCAAAGCUGGUGGAGCGGGAUGUAUACGACUUGGAGGCAGACUUUCCCCACCUUAGAGGUAGGAUAGCGUUGCUGAGUGGUUAUGCGGCCAGCAGAAAGCCUCGCAACGUUCGGCAAUUGUGGACUGACAGACGUGACUCGACCUCCUGGCUUGCGUUGUGGAGUGUUCUCAUCUUCGGCUCGCUGAGCAUUCUGCUUGCUCUCCUUCAGACGAUAUUUCAGAUACUGCAAUACCUUGAUGGGAGGCGACAAGGUGGUAAUGGUUGAAGAUGACACGUGGGAGGGGCCCCAGGGGGGAACAACAAAAACGAGAUAAAAAAGGAAGCAAGAAAGAAAGAAAGAAAGAAAGAAAGAAAGAAAGAAAUUCGGCGCCGUCAGCAGGUGAAGGGGACAAAUCUGUCCUAUUGUUCGGAUCUUGGGGGGACAGUUCAUAGAUACCAAUCUGACUUCUGAUCAUGCUCGGGACAAUGACAAAACCCACCCCGGCGGCCCGUCUAGAAAGUCUCCAGAACUGAUGCUUCACACCUCACGCUCUGCCCAGCUCUCAAUUACGCCUUUGAUUGUUGGCUCGUAUUCCUUGAGCACAACCGUGUCU